AUCAAGAUGGCCGAUGAUCUGAGAGGCUGUUAUACAUUACACGAAAUGUUCACAAUUGUGGGCAGUAGAAUGACACAAAAGGAUAUCAACAUCUUGAAAUAUCUCUACAACGGUAUUAUGCCUCAGAGAAUUAUAGGUCGGGUGAAGGACGGGGUGGAAUUUUUGCUUGGGCUGGAAAAAAUGAACAGAGUUGAUGAAACAAACUUCAAAUACGUUGUAGAUUUACUGAGAAUGAUUUCACGACAUGAUUUACUGCAGUAUGUCACUUUAAGGAAACGCAAACCAGUGUGUCCAGAUCCUGUCAAUGAAUAUCUAGAAGAAUCAUCCAGAUUAUCAAACAUACCAACUAAUGUGCCAAGGGAAAGAAAGCGAAAAGGUGCUGAACCAUCAGACCAGAAAGACUGCAAAGUCAGGAGGCGCUCUCUGCACAGGAAAGCUAAAUCCAGGUCUGGAUUCGCUAGUGAGCAAAGCUCUAGUCCAGGGACUUCUUCUUCUUUUGGCCCAGGAUCUUUUGUUACAGAUGACAGUGAUGCAGACCUGACAACAACUACGACAAAAGUUACUUGUGAUAUUCGACUAAGAGUGAGAGCUGAGUACAGUGACCACGUGACAGCACUGACAGGAAAUGUGAACUCAAACAAACCCACUCAGCUUGAAAGACAGUUUGAGAAAUUCAUGCAAGCCACAAACAUUCUAAAGUCCAGGGAUCUGGGAUCCAUUGUGUGUGAUAUCAAAUUUACAGAAUUGACAUAUCUUGAUGCAUUCUGGAGAGAUUAUCUGAAUGGAUCUUUAUUAGAAGCUCUCAAGGGGGUGUUUAUAACAGAUUCUCUGAAGGAAGCUGUCGGCAAUGAGUCCAUCAAGUUGUUGGUAAGUGUGGAUGAAGAUGACUAUGAGGCUGGAAGGUUGCUGCUUUUAGAAAACUUGAAAAGGUCAAAUCAAUAAUUGAAAUGUAAACAGUGGUGGCAGAACAUGGAGUCAUUGAAAUGAUUUUUUUUUUCAUUAUAAUGCUGCAUGAAUAUUAACAGGGUUUUUUCCUGAAUGUAUUUUUUUCAAUUGAUUGAAGACAGAGUAAUCAGAAAAGGGAUGCAUAAUAUUUUGAUGUACAGUAUUUGAAAUUCUGUAAGCAUUUUUUUCUGUAGUAAAUGUAUAUAUUAAUUUGAAAGGUAGAGUGCCUUUUUUUCACUUUAGAAACUAAGGAUUAAAUCCAUAAUUAUGCACUAAAUGACAAUUUGUUAAUUUCAUUAUGUGUCCUAAACAU